AAAUGCAGCACACGCUCACCCGUGAAAACUCAUUCAUCACGGGCUGUAGUCCUAUCACGCUAACGUUAGCCGUUGGCCUCACGCGGCGGGCACUGACAUGUGUAAUAAUUAUCUAAUAAGUCGGUCGUUAAGUCAUAUGCACAGCCGACUCUAUCUAGCUUUAGUUACACCUAAUCUAGCUUGAUCGUCAUUUAGGCGCUUAGUGCACGGGAGGAACUAGCGUCCCGUGUUAUGGGAGAGAUACGGGGAUCGGACGGGCGUUGGGCUGUCAACAGCAAUGUCCAAGCGAAACGAGCUUGCUCCAAGAGAUUGAUUUUGUAGCACUGGUGAGCACAAUACUUUUUGCAUUUGAGGUAACAAGAUUAUAUUGUUGUUUCAUAGGUGUUUGCGUAAUUGUAAAAACAUGGCCGAUCAGGUACAGCUAAGGAGAUUCUGCCGGUGUUUCGUUGUAAAGUGUUACCCUGUUAACUGGCGUCUUUUAGCCAAAUGCGUUAGUGUUGUCGUCGCUACAACAGCAAUGAAACACACGAAGAGUCUCAUUGUGGUGUCAAAAUAUGCACAUUAAAUUUGUGUUCAACUAUACUGAAAGCAUUUGAAAGAGUUGUCUAUGACAAAACGCGUACGCAUUCUGCUGAUGGUCGCCAGUGAACACGGUCACUUUUUAACGCAAAACACCUACAAUGCAGUUGCCUCUAAGUGGCUUUUGAGGCUAGCCUUCUUUGCUAACAUUAUCUAGCUGUCAGUUGCUGUUGUGUCCACGAGUUCCAGUUCAAUAGCUAAUUAUUACGAGUCGAUAAAGCUAUUUUGAGAGAAGCUGGAAGCGCUGAAUUCACAUUUCGCUGAGGGAAAGUGACCUAUUAGCUUAUAGCGCUUCGUCAUGUAAACAGAAGAGGUUCUCAGUAUUGUCAACAACAUAUGCCUGUUAUCAAGAGGCCCACUUGUCAGUUAGCACUGCUAGUGACAGCAGCGUUGACCACAGCAGGUGACAUUUGAAAGCCAAUUACACUUUUAUUGUUGUAGGUGAUAUAGUUUGUUGACAGGACAUCACAUAAGGGAAGCAUGCCUGGAAAACUAAAAGCCAGAAUUGUGGCAGGACGCCACUUGCCUGUGAUGGACAGGGCCAGUGACCUUACUGAUGCAUUUGUAGAGGUGAGUGGAGCAUUAAGAGUGAGGUUUACUCCAACAAACAUUUUUGCUACUGCACACCUUUUGAAUGUGUAUUGUGUUUUUAUUCUCAGGUCAAGUUUGGAAACACAACUUUUAAAACAGAUGUAUGUCCAAAAUCUCUCAAUCCUCAAUGGAACUCAGAAUGGUUCAAAUUUGAGGUAAUAUGUUUACACUUAUUUAAACUUAGUAAAGGUAGUUUUCAUGAUUGUUUGUUUUUUGAAUACAUUGCACAAUGUCAAAUUACUUGUCUCUUCACUGGUUUUCUCUACUUUUGUCUAACUUUCUUCUUCUUCUUCGCUUGCCGUGCAGGUUGAUGAUGAGGACUUGCAGGAUGAACCAUUGCAGGUCACAGUGCUGGACCACGACACUUACAGUGCUAAUGAUGCCAUAGGGAAAGUUUAUAUUGACAUUGACCCGCUACUGUGUAGUGAGGCUGCCUCUGUCAUCUCUGGCUGGUUUCCAAUAUAUGAUACCAUCCACGGUAUGAGACUGAACCAACACACAAAAUCAUUGCACAGUUUUUUUUCUUGAUGUGCUAUUUUUCAUUAUAUUGUUCCACUUCUCUAUUUUCAGGUAUCAGAGGUGAGAUCAAUGUCCUCGUCAAAGUGGAGCUUUUUAACGACUUAAACCGCUUUCGACAGUCCUCUUGCGGGGUCAAGUUUUUCUGCAGUAUGUAUAACUUUAUUUUUUCACUCUCUUAAUGAAACAUCUUUGCAGAGAAAAAAUACUGUAUCAGUGCAUACAGUGUUUAUGUAGACAAGGAAUUAUCCUUUAUAAAUUUCAUUAAGGAUCCAGUAGCAUAAUCAUCCUUUCACUCUGUGUGUUGUCUAUUUAAUUGUGUGUGGUAGCCACAUCCAUUCCAAGAUGCUAUAGAGCAGCAAUGGUACACGGAUUUGUGGAGGAACUUGUUGUGAAUGAAGAUCCAGAGUAUCAGUGGAUUGACCGCAUUAGAACUCCCCGGGCCUCUAAUGAGGCUCGUCAAAGGCUCAUCUCGCUUAUGUCUGGUAAGCAUAUUUAUAAUAACUCUCUUUUCUGAUGUUGGUCUGAAGCAGGAAUUCUGUCCAGUGCCAGUUGUUUGCUUGUUAAUGUGUCCAUGGUACUCCUUAUUUAGGUGAGCUGCAGAGGAAAAUUGGGCUCAAGGUGCUUGAGAUGGGUGGGAAUGCAGUGGUGGGAUACCUGCAGUGUUUUGACCUGGAGGGAGAGUCUGGGCUGGUGGUCCGGGCCAUUGGAACAGCCUGCACACUGGACAAACUCAGCUCAGGAAGUGCUCCAAACACCAACACACAUACACACCCUAACACAGCCCCUGCUUCCAAUGCCUGCAAUUCCCCCUCCAAGGAUGGAAAGGAGUGAGUAUGAAAUAACAACAUCAGCAUGGACCCUGCCUCUUUGUGAGCAAGUUUCACUGCCAGUGUAGUUUGUGAGAAUGAGGAAAGAUGAUCCUUAUGUAUGCAUGAGAGGGAGAGUGUGUGAGCCUACCGUAUGUUGUGCCGGUGUCAAGUCUAGCUUGCAGUAACCCUGUGUGUGUCUCAGUAUCUCUGAUUCCCCUCUGUAGUUUGUGUGUCUGUUGUCACAUGUAUUAUUGCAUCAAAAAAAUACUGUAACAGCACACAACAUAUUCUGAGACACACACAUGUACAGCACACACACAGCCACUCUCAUACCCUUUUCCUAUGCGUCUACUCUUUCAAACUGUUCUUGCAUGGCUUGCUGCUCUGCUUUUGCAUGUUCUGGUGCAACAUCUCUCGGUAUUCAGCUAGCAUUUAUACCUCUCUGCCGCUAACAGUGUGCCUCAAGACUUUGUUCUGUUUUAUUUAUCCUGGCUAUUAAAUGAUAAGCUUGCGGCCUCAUCGAGUGAAACUUCAGCUGAGAGCAUGUGUGCCGCUUAUCUGCAGUUACAUUGCAUAUUUGAAUGUCUGUGUGGGAGACUGUGUAUCAGGGAUGUAAACAGUGUGGUUAAGGCUUUGAUUCCCAACCUGUUAGAUGUAAUCUUGGUGCUCAAAGAACACGUUCAUGGUACAUGCCUCAAAUGUUAACAUUUUUUCACAAUCAUCCCAAUUUUUCUGUACAUAUUCUUUAAAAACUUUGAGCUCUUGCAGCAUAAUUGUUUGACAAGCUGUUUCUCUCACACAGUUUUUAUUGCAAAAUUAGAUUCUCUCAUAAUUUAUUAUAACAUAGAACUUCGUAUGAGGAGUUUUAAAUUGGUUAUAGACUAGACUGAAUUUAACACAAAGAUCACUGAGGCCUAACAGGAUAAUUGGUGAAAAGAUGUACAAUUUCCAUGUUAAUUUUAAUGACUUUAACCUCUGGGAAGAUGAGUGAGAGAGGACAGUUUACUCCAAGAUGGAGUAAAGCCCCUUUUGUUCUAUAGUAUCUUCUGCAAAUAGCUAUGAUCAGUGAUGUAAAAAAAGAGAGAUUGAGUUGUUGCUUGUCAGAAAACAACAUUUAUUCGAGUACUUUGGCAAAAACUAUCUCACUGCUUUAAAGUAAUAAUAUUACAUGUCUCAACUACCAGCUGUAAAGUGUCCUUAAACACAAUGGACUACUAAAGUACUCUGUUGUCAAACUUAACUUAGAUUAUUAAAGUUUAAAUUUAUAAUUGAUCAUAGAUUACACAACUUCUACACGUGUCUCUUCUUAUUGUUUAGCCAACUUUAUCAUUUUUAACCAUUAAAAAUAUUUAAGUAAAUGGUAUUCAAAGGACUAAAGAAGAAGUUUUAUAAAGGACACAUGCUGUCACAAUGCUCCAAAUGUUCAGAAAGCUUAAAAUGAGACAAUUUACAUGAGGAAAAAACCAUCAGAUUCCUAUGAAAAACUGCAAAACACGAAGUAUUUGGGAUUAAUUUUAACGGUUUAUCCAUCUUUUAAAAAUGAUUUCUGUCUUCUGUUUGAGAAAAUGUUUCAUGUGUUGGAGGCUGUGCACGAAUCCCCACAGUGCCUUGCAUCAUUAUUUAUCCCCUUUGACUUUUCCACAAUAAACAUGAUCCAGUGAAAUUGCUUUCUAGUUGGCCUGUACAUCAAUAUUACUUCUACCUUUGGGGCUGUUGAAAGCUGUUAAGUCUCUUUGAAUUCAAAUCACGGUACUGUAAUAAGUGGUAGAGUCCAGGAGGGGUGAAUACUAAUCCAAGGCACUAUAUUACGCAUGCUAGUUUGUUCCUGUACCUAUUUGGGCUUUUUCUACAGUGUUUGCAUCCCUGCUGAGUGAGACUGAAAGCCUAGGCUAGGAGCUGUGCAUGAGCUUCCAGCAGCUUUCAUAUGGCUUUGAAUGGAAAAACAUGGGCUAAAACAGGGAGUAAAAACAAAUUUCUUUUUCCUUUUUGUCUCCUUUUUCACUCUGUUGCAAUGUUGUGGUCUUGGUUCUUGUGUUCGUCUCUUUCUCCCUCCCUGGCUACAUUCGGAUUGGGUCGUUUUCUGGCCGCUUGUGUCCAAAUCGGUCCUCUUGUCUUCCUCUCUCACUGCGUGCUGAUUGGCCCAGGUCUCCCCUUGCCCACGGAUGCCGCUCCACCCACAACAGCCCUGUGCAUUCAGCCUGCAGCACCCAGAGACUGUCCCAGAACUUCUCUGUCUCUGUUCCCACUCUCAUCUUUACUGGUACGCAGAGGCAGGGAAAAAAUAUAGUCACAGAGGAAAGUGAUAGAGUAGAAGAAGUAGAUGAUGAAGUCUUUAUUUAGGGACAAAAGUAAAUGUAGUUGCAAAGCAAAGAUGGGGACAUUACAGAUCAAAACAAGGACAGAAGGCAGAUCCUUGUAUCUUUUGUUAGAGGAAGACUCCACCUGCUAUGUCUUUUCUGAUGAAAGACGGUGAGCAGACAAGCUCCCUGCUGCAUCGUUCUGCUUUUUUUCUUUUUUUUUUUUUGCUAUUUAAAGCAAAAAAAGUGCUUACAGUGUGGUUUUAACCCAGAGCAAGGGCCUGUAGACCUUCUAUGGACUCCUGACUGUUUCUUCUUCACUCUUCUGGGACACAUGCUUCAGCUCGUCAUCCUCUGUUGAGUCUGAUCCCUCGUGUUUUGCCAUGUUGCUUUCUUUAGUUACGUGUGUUUGUGUUGUGUUUUUGUGUUGAUGUAAUUAUUUGCUUUUCAUGCUUGCUUUUUUUUGUUCUAUAGCCAUCCGUAGCACCUCAAACACACCUGCCCCAAAGCAAAGCACACUAAAACAGUCCAUUUCCCACUUAAAUGGCUUUGGCAAAACUGACUCACUCCCAUAUAUGCACACACACUAACGCACACGCUCAGAGGGUGAGAUGGUGACUGACGUGUGUGUGUAUGUGUGUGUGUCAUGUUCUCCUGGCAGGCCGGUAUUUGGGGAGGACCUGCUCUCGUCCUCUGGCCUGCCAACCCCUUUCAGAGCCCUCCCCACCUCCUCUUCCUCUCCUCCCCCCUUCUCUCCCUCCAAGCCAUGCAGCCGCCAGUCCUCAUCAUCAGACACAGACCUCAGUUUGACGCCCAAGACGGGUAAGAGCACAUGACCUGCCCCCUCCUUUCCCAUUCCCACCUCUCCUUUCUCCUUCACUUCAUUGUGGUGCUACUUAAGUAUUUGUUUUAUUUUAUUGAUUGAUUUAUUAACAUUUACCUUUUUAUUAUUUGUUGUCACAUGAUUUUACUUUAACUUUUUAAGUAAAUAUUUAUCAAGCUGAGUUCUCCUCCACCUUGUCCUCAGUGAUCUGCUUUGUCUUUUUUUAAUCACUUAUUAAAAAACACUUUUCAGCAUUAUAUGGACAUUUGAAUCAUAAUGGAAAGACACUGCAGAUCACUGUAUUAGUUUUGUCCCCAUGUUGUCGUCGUCAUUAGAAGCACUGUGUCUCAUGAGGGGCUGUUGUUGAUUGAUGCUCUCCUCUUUAUUAACCAUUUUGGUUAAACAUAAAGGUAAGUACAGUGAAGCUCUAACUUUAAGGACAACUUGAGGUCACAUUUAAAUGCAGGCUCAGCACCGUCACACCUGUUGAGCUCCAGAGACGCUUCUUGACUCCUCAGCUGGAAACAAAGAGACCCAAAGUCAGCUUCUUUCCUCUUAUUCACUCUAUUCUGCAUUUUCUUUUAUUUUUUUAGUUCCUCAUCUCUGUCAUCUAUUUGCCAUUUUUCUGCUUUUAUUGAGCCCUUCUCUGAUCCUAGUACUCUGCCAUUAUGAUCUCUGCAAUUGAAAUACGGCUUGUGUAGUGCACACUAAUGGCUUUACCCCAGCUGGAAAAGCAGUCAGCCAAUCAGAGGUCCUUUAGCUGUAUACCUUUUUAAACUGCAAGAUUGGCAAAUUGAUACAAUCCUGGAUGGGGCUGAAGUAGCUGCAAUAGUGUGAAUACAAACAACAUCCUUUAGUAUGGCAUGUUCACACUUGUCCUGUCAUGGAAGCCGUUACUACAUAAUCAGGUGGACAAAAAACAAUGUAGAUCCAACACUCAUAGUGAACAGGUGAGUAAAGGGUUAGAGCACAAUGAAAAAAUAGUCCCCAAAUCAAAAAGAGCAGGCUCAUUAUGUCAUUCCAAAUCAAAGUAAAGCAUAAUGGCAGUUCAAUGUUAUUGUCAACUUUUCUUUUCCUCUUUGCUGGUGCCCUCUCUGUUCCUUUUACUUCCUUCUCCUCUGUCUCAUUUUUGUGCCUCUGCCCUCUUUAUUCUGUCUCUCUAUUCUCAGUUCAUCUGUUUUUAUUUUAUUUUAUUUUUUUAUUUUUGCACCCUCUUUCUGUUUCCUUUGCUGGAUAGAGCUCCCCCAGCCAGUGAGACGCAGGCCUGGGAUCUUUCUCUGCCCUAGCUCCCCCACCCUCUCCACAGGCACAGACACUUUGCCCCUUCCUGGUUCUGGCUCAGUGGGCUGUGGCAAAGGCUCUACCGCCAGAGCCACCACCCCACCCCCUCCCUCCACCAUCCACUCAGACUCAGCCUUGCUGAGAAAGAGUGUGUCCUUCACAGAGGACCUGCUGCUGGCAGCCUCCGGUACAGUAGGACUACUGCGUGUCAUCAAGUAACACAACCUUAAAACAGUGUAGUGCUGGCACCACAUUCAGGAUAAUGGAACUACAGCACAACUCUCUACACCUGGAUCGACUUUGCCAAUAAUUUAACAUGCAUGGUGUUAAUACUCAGAGUUUACACUUUUAAAACAGUGCCCAGGAUUCUGCUACCUUAGCUUUUGGUUUGACACGUCAGAAUCACCUGAACCUUAUGCUAGGUCCAGUUUUAUACUAAUAUGAAAAUGUUCAGUGGGCUAGACAAGACUAGUUUAUAACAGUUUUUAGCACUUGGUUUGUCAAAAGAACAGCAAGAGUGUGUUGUGAAAACAAAUGACAACUUUCCUGGCUUUCUACUUGAUUGCUCUGUGUGUUGAAAAUGUCGAAACUGAAACCAGACUCUCCUCUGUGUUUAGGAAUGGGUAGUGGAGGUAGUGGCGGCAAGGAUGCAGGGCCUCUGAAGACCCUGCUCAGACAACAGACGCAGACGGCUCUUGAGCAGAGGGUAGGACGGCACCUGACUGUCACACACACUUGAACGUAUUAGCACUCUGUGUCUGUCAAGCUAUUCAACUGAAAUUCAACACAAAAAAAGUGAAUAAAGUUUCAACUUUUUUCUCCUUUAUAUUUACUACCAGCAGAGCUAAAAUGAGUUUCAGAGAAAUAACUUUUGGGAAACUUUUAUUCCUAGCCACAAAUGGCAAAGCAAAUCAAGACAGCAGAGUAGGAUUUUCAGAUUUUACAGCCUGUGCUUGGUUCUGCAGUCCUCAUCAUGUAUCAGCUUCAGUAAGUCAGAAAGUAACUCACUGUAACAAUCUACUUACUCAUCAUGCAGCUUAUGUCUUUGUAAUAGGUCAUGAUUUAACUCUGGGGAGGGGUGUCAUGUCGAGUAGGUUUGUGUAAGAGCAAAUAAUGUUCCCUUUCUUUGUCCUCCUGAUCACUUACACCACUCAGGGAGUGUCCACCUCUGGGUUACUGUUAAAUGCUGGGGUACGUCCCAUCAGUGUCUCUCUGUUUCUCCACAUUCCCCUUAACACUGACCACUGAUGAUGGCCACCACCAAAUCUGAAUCAACUCCUAACCCCUUCCCUCCUCUGCUGUUUGUAGAUCUCAGAGAGGCUGGCUGGGUUGAGAAACAUAGUACUGGGUUUUUGUGAUGGUUUGCGUGUUUGUUUUGCACCCACCCACCACUCUCUAAUAGACUCACAGACACGUAAGGUGGAGGACUGGAGGUUAGGAGUUGUGUUUCCUUCAGGUGUGAAGGGGCAUGCGACUGUGUGUUUGCCUUUUGGACACUUGUGUCAAUCACCCCUCCUUCUUUCUGACUGCUUUUCCCGAGUCUGAUCUGGCAAGCUGUUCUGACAACGGGGAAUGAGCACGCUCACCUCAUUUCAUCAUUCUUGCCUCUUUGCUCCAGUUGAGAGGAGCUGUCUCUCAAAUGAGCGACUAACUUCCUUCCUUGGUGUGCAAGACAAGAAGGAAACUAGUGAUUUCUUCUCAUCACACAUACCUGCAUGAUUGGAAAUCCCAAUGCCCCUCAGGUUUCUUGUAAAGGUGGUCAUCACAUACCCAAGAAUGAAUUCCAAGAUGCUUACGGGCAGUUCAACGAUGUCCGGUUCCUCAUGUCAGUGAGUGCAUGGCUUUGCAUCAUAUUGUUCUUCCUUGGACUGAGAGACCAGCUGUCAUUAAAACUGACAGGAAGGGCAUGUAAAACAGAGUCCUGAUCUAUAGUGUAGGUGUGUGCGUGUGUUCUUUGCUAUUUACUCUUUAACUCUCCAAAUGAGGCAUUUAUGUGGAUUGGAAAGGAUUGAAUCAAUAACCAGCAGAUUAAAGCUUUAUUUAACAUUUAUUUUCUUCAUCACUUCUCAAUCUAUUUUAAAUGCUGUAGGUUUUUCCUACAAGCGUGGGCUCAGAUAUAUUUUGGGGAGGGCCUUGCAUGGGGUAUGGAGGGUGGGUGCAUCAUCACCAAUCAAUCCUCACUGCAUGUUGGCACCUUUCUUAAAAAAUAUCGAGAAGCUUACCCGCCCAGUGGGAGAUUUAUGCUGAGUUCGAGUUACCUCGGAAGUCAGAAGUCGGAGCUGAAAAUGACGUCACACCAGAGUUAUCAGGGUUUCAGUUACCAAGUCGGAAAAAAGCGAAAUCUGAGGCGUAAACAAGAUGGCUACAUCUAAAAAAGUUAUUUUAGUGCUUGCAUUGUCUGAAUAUAACAAGGACAAGGCAAGCGCUAAAAUAACUUUCCUUCGAUUUUGCUUUUUUUCCGACUUGGUAACUGAAACUCUGGGAACUCGGGUGUGACGUCAUUUUCAGCUCCGACAUCUGACUUCCGAGGGAACUUGAACGCAGCAUAAUUAUACCUCAAUUGUGGCUUGAGAGCAGUUUUUUAAAUCAGUUAUUUUUUUACACUUUCCACAUGACUUACAACUUCAUUUAAUUUGAACAUAACUAUCUUCAUAUCUUGUGUUGAAUUCAAGAGUUUCUAAAUGUGAUAAUAUGUCUUCCCUUUCUGUAAGUGACUGAAGUUUUGUUUUCUAUCUUCAGGAGUUUCCCUUCUUUACCUUGACGUCUUUCCCACCUGGUUUCCUGGUUCAUGUCGGUGGCGUGGUCAGCGCUCGCUCUGUCAAACUGUUGGAUCGUAUACACAACCCUGGUGAGUCCAGCAUGCACAAACACACCCUGUCCUCAUGUAGUGUCCCGUUUAACGAUGUGAGCGAGUUCCUCCACCGAUCAACAGUGUUGUGUGUGCGUGUAUGUUCUUGUUGCAAGUGGCUGUUCGUCAUCGCUGCUCAUUUCCCCUUUGUGUUGACUGAACAGUUCUGCUGUGUGUGUGUGUGUGUGUGGUCUUGGUCCCAACCAGUGUGAGUGUUUGGAGAAAAUACGUUGAAAGGCUGAAGAAAUGUAAGAGUUUGAGAGCAGGUGAAAGCUGUUCCUGGUCGCACCUCUGAAGCCUGCAGCUUUGUAGCAUUUCAGUACCAGUGAAGAUAGGACAUGGUCAAAAAGUUCAAAGGAAAGGGGGCAACUUUCACCUCAUGGUUUGACUGACAGGCUUUGUGUUCUGUGAAGUCUUUGCUGGUUGUGAGUGUGUGUGUGAGUCUGUGUGUGUAAGUGUUUCUAUGCCACUGCGGUCACUGUGUUGUUGUGUGCUGCUGUGGAGCUGCCCCUCAGAGGUGAAGCUGCAAUAGUGGUGCAUGGCUCCAUUCUGUUGCCUGCUGCUUUCGUUGUGUGUUUUGUUCGCUGGAGGUGACGCUGUUGUGUAUUUCUGUGAUAUUGUCAAAUGCCCUCUCUCUGAGUUUAGAAACUGACUUUAUGAUUUUGUUUAACUACGUAGACUUUUAUACAUCUGUGCCAGUUACAGCCAUCACUGUAGGCAUUAUGUUUUAGGGGUUUUCUCAUUCGUCUGAGUGCUGCAAUUUAAAUUUUGUGCAAACACUCAUUAUGACUGAAUAAUGUACAGAGUAGGAAUUGGUUAACAAAGGUCAAUGUGAUUGAAUUUCCUUUCGAUUGAAAGGGUUUUGGAUUGAAGUCGGGAAUGUUUAGGCCAGUUGGAGAAAAUCGAUGACAAACAGCCUUUUUCCUCCUCUGCUUAAGCCUUAGUGAGGGAGCGUCAUUCUGUAGAAAACACUCAGUGGUCUAAAGUGAAGUCCAGGAUGUCAGCAAAUUUAUGGAUAGGCGUUCGCUGAUGGAUGUCGGCUGAGUUAGGAUAUGCUGGGUUCUUUGGAGAGGGGGGAAAGGGGAACCAAAAUAAGUAACCCCGAAAGGACUUAACCUUUAAACUCCAAAGGCACAUAAUUAUUAUAGCUACAAUUUUUCUGUCUAUCUAAUAUGGGUAGCAAAGUAGUCUCUAAUUCUCAAAGUGAAGGUUUAACAUUUGGAUCAUUCUGCCAAAAAGUUCGUUUCUGUAUUUUCCACUCUUAUCAGGUGGUGAAUUUAAUACACUCCCCUUUUGUUUUGGAAAGUUCCACCACCUCUACCAUAGGUGGCAGUAAAGGCAACAGUUCAACCUUCAACAGGGCCCAAUUUUGAAGCUGAGUGUAGUAUCAGUUUUAAGUUCAGACAGCAGACAGCUACUGCAUGCUCCUUUUUACUGUAAAGCCUCUAUUCUCCUUCAGUCUUUUUAAGAUGACGCGAGGCCUGUAGCUUUUAUUCAUCUCUUUUCUCCUCUUUUCCUCAUCAGUUCUUCUUUUUUGUAGAUUGUUUUGCAGUCCUGAUCAUAGUUUGUCUUUGCAUAGUAACUGUGAAGUGCUGUCUGUCUUUGCAUAGUAAAUGUGGAGUGCUGCUGUUGUGCUGUGCUUGUUUGUUAGACUGUCUCUUCUUUUCUUUUUCUCUCUUUUCUGUACUAACGGUGUGUUCUGGCCCAGCCUUGGGUAACACGCGCUCAUACAAACUGCUAGACUGGAAUAGUGUCACUGCAGGUAUUUCCCCCCUUUUUCUGCUCUCACCCAAAGGAGUGGUGGCAGCUCAGUGAAACUCCUAACACUGACGAUAAACAGACAAAGACCAGCUAGCCUAAAAAUUCUUAAACAAUUUUAGCCAAACAGGUAGUGUAUCUCUAAAAGAAUAUGAAUUCAGUGAGCUGCCACCCUCCCCUCUCUAAUCCUUGUGAGUGUGUGCUGAGCUGAGUUGAGCAUGCGCUGCGUCCCCACCCCAACCCAUUCAGCCUGGCCUGGCUCUCCUGCCCCCCACCCCGCCGCACAGAAGAGCUGCAGCUCUUUCCUAAUGUUGUCCCUGCGCUGUCCUAACGCUUCCUGAAUCGGCAUCAAGGUCAAACCUGUCUAGACCAGAGGAGGUUUAGGAGGUUUACUCUGUGACAAAGAGCCACGGAUAGGGCAUGUGCAUCCCCGACUCACUGGGCCGUAUUCAUACUGAGAGAGGAGAGAAAGGGAGAGGGAAGAAGGGAUGGACGGAUGAAUGGAUGGAUGGAUGGAAAGCAGGUCCAUUGGAUGGGUGGCAGUUGAGGGAAAUUUAAGAAUAUGGUUGGGCUGUAUGAUGGGAUUGAAAGGUGUAAGAUUGGGAAAAGGAUGAAGAAUGGUAGCAUUCAGAAUCCUCAAAUUUGAGCUCUAGACAGGAUUUGAUGGACUCUGAUGAAUGAAUAUGGCCCUUAUCUGCCCAUGAGCACAUGGUCAUGAGCGUGCACGUUGGUGAGCCUGUGCCUGUGUGACAUGCUGCUUCUAGUUUUAAAGGAACCCACUUUGUGGGCCCUGAUGCCUGACCAUGUAUCAUUAUUCUUCAUACACUCAAAUGAUCUUCUAUUGAGUUUCCUCCAUUCAUUCCUUCUCCUUUUUAUAACCCUCUGAAUUUAAAUUUGUCUCUCUUCUAGGAGCUUUCUUAGCAUGUGGCCCCCUCAGGGAAUCAUGGGGUGCAGCUCAAUACUCUAGUGUAACUACUUCAUUGUUCUCUGCUUCAUGUUUGGUAACUACCAAACCAGUAAGCUCAGAUGUGGUAAUGAUUGGACUCUAUAAAAGCAGAGAUAUUUGAGCAGUCCCCAUGAGACGAAUAAAACACACACCCAUAGUCUAGCCUCAGUAUGAUGAAGGCUUAAUCCUUUUUAAAUUCAAACUUUUGCCUUUUUUUAUACUUCUAAAAAAAAUACUGUUCUUAAUUUGAUCACUCUUCCAUUGGCUGGACAGAAAUCUUUUCUAGAGUCAGACCACAGAGUGAAAAAUAUUCGACCGCCUCAGGCUGUAUCUGUCAUCUGUGUCCUUUCUGUCAGUGCUGCUGACCAAAAGGAAAAGUAGACUAGAGAGAAACGCUCUUUUUUAAAAAUGUGCAUCUAAUCAUUGACUUUGCCUUCAUCAUCAUCCCUCAGACUCUCAUGGUCAUCAUCCUCAUUAUCACUUGGUUUCAAAGAUAAAUGGAUUUUGCUUGCUUUGAUACACCAUUUAACCCAUAAACCAUCAAACAACACGAACUGUACUGUUUUGAUGUCUGUUUUUUUUCUGUAAAUUAUAUCAGCUAGCAUAAAAACCACAUCAGAUAAAAAUGUGUCUCAUUUCCUGUAAACAAGAUCUUAAUUUUAGCACUUAACUCUUUGGUUCGGUUUUUGAUCAUUUUGUUCGGUGAAAGCUGUCUAAUUUCAGAAUUUUGUGUUUUGCAGAUGAACCAGAGACUCGUGAUGCGUGGUGGGAGGAGAUUCGCCAAGAGAUUAAAUCUCAUGCCAAAGCUCUUGGUUGUCAUGCUGUUGUGGGGUACAGCGAGAGCACUAGCAUCUGGUAUGUAUAGAAGCACAUAUAUCCAUUAAAAAAGUUUCUAUCCUUUUUCUUUCUUUGCCUGUUGAACUUUUCUAACGUCACCCAUUAUUGAAUCAGUUUGAUACAAAUAGUUUUCUUUUUGUUUCCAAAAUAGUUUAGUAUCUAUCUUCUCAUAUCAUCCUUCAGUCUGUUCUCUUUUGAUAUGUUUGUCUUUCGUAAACACAGCGAGGAGGUGUGUAUCCUGUCAGCUUCUGGGACAGCAGCCAUCCUGAACCCUCGGUUUAUGCGUGAAGGCUGCUUGGACAUUGGAAUCCCAGACCACAGGUUGUUAUAAAUCUGCAGCUGAGCAAACCGAUUGAAAAUCCCUGUAUUUGUACAGUGCAUAUCGGUGCAGGUUUGGACAAGUCUGAUACCAGAUGGUGUGUGUUGUUUGCCAGGUUCGAGGAGCCGUCUCCCCCAAGCUGUGGCUUCUGUCAUAUCCCAUAUGAUGAGCUCAACAUGCCCUUUCCCGCUCAGCUCACCUACUGCUACCACUGUAGACGACAAAAGGUUUUGGAUAUAUGUAUUUGAGUUUGUCUAAACCAAACGCUCGUUAAAUAUGUUUUUGGUUGUUUGCUAUAUUAUGUUUGAUGCAAAAAGCAUGUAUUUAUUGUACUGUCCUGUUUUUCCAAAGGUUCCCGAUGUGCUGUUCACCACAAUCGACUUACCACAAGAGGCAUCUGUUACAGGGAAGGGCUGCCUCAUCCAGGCUAGGUAAAUCCCUUUUAUGUGAAUGGUGUUAUCCACCAGUUUGUCUCAUUUUGGGAGUGUGUCAAUGAAGGAUCGACCAAUAAUGCCGAUAUUCAGCAUUUUUACAAUAAUCAGCAUAAGCCGUUUUUUCCACCGAUAGCUGAUGUAACAUUUUAUUAUGUCUGAUCAUAACCCGGUGCGCAUGGAGAUCUAAGAGCCUGUUCAAAGCUGUUUGCUGCUUUCAUGAAUUUUGUAGUUUAUUGUAAUUUCAUUAAUCGGAGGUUCUCUGACAAGGCCUUAAUAGUCAAAAGUCCCUUUUGCUAUUUGAGUAAAUAUGGUAUGCUCAUUGCUUUGCUUUACAUUGAUAUUGUAAAACUGGAUUUUAGAGAAGAUCACAGCUAAAUAACCUCAAACUAAAUUAAGAAAUUCUGACUUAUCAACUCCAACCCUGUCCUCUGGAAACAUUUUGCCAGUGUUUAGAUGAAGACUUGCGUAAAAGACAUGCCAGACUUUCUUUUGGUCAAUGCCAUCGUUUUGUCUUGUAGAUUGUGUCGACUUAAGAAGAAGGCCCAGGGGGAAGUCAACGCAACGGCCAUCUCCAACCUGCUGCCUUUCAUGGAAUAUGAGUUACACACACAACUGAUGAACAAACUAAAAAUGCGGAGUAUGAACGCUCUGUUUGGUUUACACAUACAGAUCAGCAUCGGAGAGAACAUGCUCCUGGGCCUAGCUGUAGGUUGACGGACAUAAAACACUCAAGUCGUACAAGUCUUGUUAGGACACUGUCAUUGACAUUUUUCUGUGUGUGGUCAGUCUGCUACAGGUGUGUACCUGACUGCUCUGCCGGCACCAGGGGGCAUCCAGAUCGCAGGGAAGACUCCCGGUGACCUGAGUAAUGAGCACCACAUCUCUACCAUCCAAAAACGGAUCAAUGAUACUAUAGCCAAGAACAAAGAACUCUAUCAAAUAAACCCUCCGGUGAGACGCACAGCACAUGCUCAUUCAUAUCUUCCAAAAAAGGCUUUUACAGUGUUCAAUUUCAACACUUAAUCAGACUGUAUGUCAUACAAGAGAGCGUCUCUGAUUAGUUCUGACUGUGAGAUACUCUCUAUGUGAAAACUUUUAUUACAAAAGCAAAUGAAUGCUUUUAGGUAUGUGUUAAAAACCAGAACUCUACCAUUUAUAAAUAUUGUAAAUUCAUUUAAUCCAUGUUUUAUACUUUUUUGUGUUAAUUUAAGGAACUACAACUACACACAUGUAUUUCUACGGUUUGAGUGCUAGUCACCCUUGAGUAACACUUUAUUUGACGUCUAUCUCUAUAACACAUUAUGAAUACAUGUGUAGUGCAUUAUAAUUACGUUAUAGCACUGUAUAACUAUAGUUAUAAACACUCAUAAAUGAUCAUAAUGCUUUAUAGCAAUAAUCAUAACACAUUAUAAAGCAUUUUAUCAUGACUUAGAAGGUCAGGUAUUAUAAUGUGUUAUAACUGUUAUACAUGUACUCAUAAUGCGUUAUAGAGAUAGGCGUCAAAUAAAGUGUUACCCAUCCGUGCAACCUCAAAUAUUUUUUUCAUGAGUUAUGGUUCGUUUUACACAAACACAUUUAACAGAAGUCCAAUUAUUUUGGGUCUAAUUGUCUCUGCUCCAGUGGUAAAAUUGUGUUUAUAUUUCAUUCAGUACAUGUAGUCUGUCUUUGUGAAUCAUGAAGAACUUACCCCUCUUGUCUCUCUUUGGUUAUUAAAGAAGUUAUUUGCCCUGGACCCUGAGGUGUUCUGCGGCAUAAACAUGGUACUGAACAUGGUGACUUUUAGCUGUGAGACACAGCAAAGCAUGACAAAUACUUCACAAUAUUAAUCGCAAUACUACACCACUUUUACUACACCUGUAUAACAGCUCUUAACUGGGAAAAAGGGACAAUGUGUAACCCACUCCAGAGUCACCUCUCAAGGGCAACUCACUGUAGGCUGAAUAUGUGCUCUUACAAUCGAAUUAUGACCAUUUACCCCGCCUUUUAUUCACUCUCUCACCUGUUUGUACUGUACGUGCGCGACUAUACGUGUGUGUGUGUGUGUAUUUGCACCAUUCUCUACUUUUCUAGAUCCAUAUUCUAAUUAACACAAGCCAUGUGUUUGAAAUGGUGCAGCUGACUGGAUACUUGAGUGUGAGCAUGUGUUCUGACAGUGUGUGUGUUUUGGGCAUCAUAGUCUUUCUACUAAAAGACAGAUGUGUGAUGCAGAUAUGGGCUGCAGCUGUGGUGUUCUGAUAUUCACGUUGACACCUCUUCUGACAAGGACUUUUGUCUCUUCGCUUACAGGAACUGACAGAGGAACUGGUCGGUUCUCCGAUUCCCGAGCCAAGGCAACGAUCCAGACUCUUCCGCUCCCACUCUGAGAGCUCCGAUGAAGUGUCAGAACUGGAUCUCUCACAUGGCAAAAAGGAUGCCUUUGUCCUUGAGGUAUACAUGUCAAAAAGUUUUUUAAAAAGUGAUCAAAUGUAACUACUUCCAUGGACAAGAAGAUGCAUUUGCUUUCAUUUCCACAGAUUGAUGACACUGACGCCGUGGAGGACAUUCACUCCCUCCUCACUGAUGCCCCUCCUCCCACAGGUAUCUUUUACUACCAGCCUACUGACUCUACAAUAGUAACUAAAGAUUGUUACAUGCUGCAUAUGCCCUGUCUGAACUUUUCUAAAUAAAGGAAAGGCACUUAUAGAUGUCAGUAAUCGUCAGUUUUAUUUCCUUUUUCAUUCUCAGGUUUCUACAGCUGCAAUACUGAGGUCAUGCCUGGAAUUAACGACUGGACUUCAGCAGUUCAGGUUUUUCUUGAUUUUUACUUCUUGAUUACUUCCUUCAGAUACUACAAGUACAACUGCAGAUUCUUUGUUUUAUUCACCUCUUUUUUUGUAAUCGAAAUAAGUAUUCUUUUUUUGUCUUGUUUUGUUUUCUGGAGCGUAAUGCUGUUCUAUAACUGUCUCUUAGAUGUUUACAUCAGUGAGGGUCAUCAGGUUGAGUAAUGCAAAUCUCACCAACCAAGGCUUGAACAAGAUUUUCACGGAGCUUUGUGAGAAUCUAUUAAAGGUGAGAAAUACUGAGUUAUUAGUUAUCUCAACAUAUAUAUUGCCUUUCUCUCCUUUUACUCACAGCCAUGGUUUGUUGUUACACUGCGAAUGAUGAAUUUUGAAGUAUUUGUAACAAACACAGUGAGGUGAUUCUAUGCUUGUCUUUGAAAAUGCAGAGUUUCUACUUCAAGCUGCGCUCCAUGAUCCCCUGCUGCCUUUGCCAUCUCAACUUUACCGUAGCAGUGCCAGAAGAAGAACUUAUACAGGUAGGAAAUAAUUGGCUCUGCUCUGUUUUAUGAAAUAAAGUCUGUAGUGGAAUUAGAACUUUUUCUCCAAACUGUUUUUUUUGUCUUCUUGUAUUUUCUGUCCUCCCCUCAGGUUGCUGUGACGGCAGUUGCCAUGACUUUUGACAAAGACCAGACUCAGGAGAAGCUGGCAGACAAGCCAAUUACCAAAGGUCUGAGCAAAUAAUAGUUUCAGGGACUUUUUAAAGUGCUUUAUUUUAACAUUAAAAACAAUAGUUAUUAAAUAUACUAUUUGCAUACAAUUUGCAACAGCUAUGCUUGCUUUUAAACAUUAUACAAUCAGUUUCAAACUUGGAAAAGGAAGGACUCACUUUGCAUUUUAAGUAUAUCUUACCUUAUAAUGGUUGAUUUCUUUAUGAAGCAAAGCAUUAAAGAUUUAUCUCAGUAGUAGUUGAACAGAGAAACAUAACUAAGCUACCCUAAACAGUGUAACCCACCUCAGAGACACAACUCGGGUGUAUUUUUCUGUUUGAAAUCAGGCUAAAGCUCCGUCAUGACUCUUUGUUACCCUUAGGAACUGGUGAGACUGAGGAGCAACUGCAGUUCCCCUUGGAGUUGUGUGCAGAUUCUUCCCUUCCCAACACUCAGCCACCAGGCUCCAAGAUCUCGGGUAAUCUUUUAACUUUUUUUUUUAAUUAUUUUUUCUCCCUGACCUCCUCCUCUGUCCUGUCUUACUAACAGGCAUUGCCCAUCUCCUCAACUAACGCUUUAGGUUCAGUCUCUUUAUUCACUCCAGCUGCAAAACUCUGCAACAAUCAGCUGGUUGUGAUUCAUUCAGAAGGUAAACAAACAACGGUGAUGUAUGGUAGCCUCUGCAAGACACUGUGAUGUUGUUUAGAUGAGACGUUAUGCUUCUUACACAGUGUAGCUCACUUCCCCUUCUCACUAUAGAAGGUGCUUUUUAUGUACAAAACUUUUAGAUUUAGGUCAAAUUAAGUGCCAACUUAUCAACGUGGAAAACUCAGAGGUCAACUUUCAACUCUUUUUGUUCUCUGUGAAGUGCAAAGAUAGACCAUGCUGUGUUUUUUUUUAUGUGUGUGUGUGUUUGUUUACAUGUGUGUGUGUGUGUGACAGGUGUUCCUGAGAGUACAAACGUUUCUUCUCGAGGUAAGCCCAAAUCCCCUCAACCAUCUCCCUCUGCCCCAUCUCCCUGCUACCAAAACUACUACACUGCCCUGUUUUGACUUUUCAUCCUUUAGACUCGGAAAGUUAUCGUGCACUGCUCCCAAACCUCAUCCACUUUUAUUCUUUUCUGUUUCUUUUAUUGUGUCCUAUUUUUUUAUUUUAUUUUAUUUUUUUUUGUCGUUUCUCUUGUUGUCGUCACGUUGUGUCUGUCUUGGGUGUGGGCCAUGUGUUUGUUUGUGUGUGUGUGUGCGUGCGUAUGUGCGUUUGUGUGUGUUCUCUCCAGCUGCCUCCGUUGAUUACGGUUCCUUUGCAGACAGAUGCAGCACCUGGCUAGAGCUGCUUAGGCUGAAAGCUCACACCAUAAGACGUGGAUCAGUUAAGACAAGUAGGAGGACACAAUCUCUAGCACACUCUGGUGAUCACAAAUACAUAACAGUUUUACAAGCAAUCCCACACAUGGUCACACACCCACACACAUGCAUACAUGCUCGCAUAUGCUCAAACAACCCUCCAUGCAUGCUGCUGGGGGGCGGAGCAUCGCAAGACAAGCUCCAGCUACUUUGCUAGAGUGUGAAAGUUGAAGCCCCGCCCCUCAGAGGGAUCAGCAAAUCAGCAGCUUGGCUUUGAAAUGCCUGUAGCCGCGGUAAUCCUGAUUAUGAUCAAUAGGAAAGGGUUUUAUUUUUAUUGUUUUUUUUGCUUUCAGCGUGCUUGUUCUUCCCUUGAUCUAUAAGCACCUUGAUUACAGUUAUGAAAAGACGUUUUGAUUUUUACCUGCACUUGCAUCAGUGGAUUUAUUUAUUCAAGCUGAGCAGACAUGACGUGUUCGAGAUAAAAUGUAAACGGGCAACUCUGAAUGUGGUCGAGAUCGCAGCGGAGUGGGGAGUGGCAAAUGCUUUUCUGCAAGUUGAUGUUUGAUUUUCAGUCCUGUGCAUUGUGAGUGAACUACGGUCUAAUGUGUGGCUCUGAAGGUUCCUGGUUUGAUGGAUGUUAAAGCCACGUCAGGUAAAAUCUUGCAGUAAGACAAUAGAGCACCUUUCACCCUCUGGCUUUUGUAUACGUGCCCAGCUCAGCUCAGCUCAUAGCUGUCUCUCUCCGUCUCCAUUUCUCAAACCUCUUUCCAAAAAAUUGAACCGGAUGAAUUUUCUCUCAUGUACUGUACUUCACUGUACUGCAAAUACUGUAUUCACACAUGUGAACAUACACAGCUGUGUCCAGGUCUCUCUGUCUGUCUGCAGAUGCUGUGUAACUGUCUUGUUUGUUUGCUUCAACUGCAUGUCAUGCAUGGCAGCACACGCCUUCCUGAUUUUCUUGGCACCACGCAUUCACAACACUGCAUGUCAACCCACACAUGUACCUUACUCACAUAGACAACUGACUCACUCACAAAGAAUUGUACACAUAGUGCUUCUAAUGUGUAAACAUCAGCAGCGUUGCAUUUUUGUACGCACAUCUCACGUUCCCAUUUGUUUCUGCUUUACACUUCAUAUUUGCUCAUGACUUUUUAAAAAACAUUACUGGAGCUUUUUUCGUGGUAUCUCCAUUUUCUUUUGCUUCUUUUUUCUUCCUCUCCUCUUGUUCCCUUUCGUGUUUCCCUCUAUUGGAAAUGCUCUCUCUGAACAUGCAGUCUCAUCUUUGGAGCGCUCCAGUCCACUGCCUGAUGGACGUUCCCGUUCUCUGCGUUCCACACGCUCAUUCGGGGGCAGUUCAGUCACCGUGGUGAAGAUGACUCCGCUCUCCUUCCUCCCUGGGACACGCAUCAUUAAAUACCUGGGAAUCAUCAACAUGUUUUUCAUUCGAGAGACCACAUCAUUGCGAGAGGUAUGGUCAGGAACAGGUCACAAGCAAGUCCCAAGCUCAGCAUUUUGUUAAAGUGUAGACACGUCUGUGUUUGUGUGUUUUUGUGCACUGCAGGAAGGCGGUGUCAGCGGCUUCCUUCACUCAUUCAUCGCUGAGGUGUUUGCAAUGGUUCGAGCUCAUGUAGCAGCCCUGGGUGGCAAUGCAGUGGUGUCCUACAGUAUGAAAGAGUGUGUGUUUAUGGAAAAUCCAAACAAGAAUCAGGUACUUUGACACUCGCACUUGCACACCAUGAACACACAUGCUUAUACUAUCUUACUGUCUGUUUUGAAGUCAAAGCACAUACAGCAUCUCGAAACCUCACAUUAAACAGUGUUCUCAUUAUCCAAUCAUUCUGUCUCUGCUCCUCCUGCAGGCUCAGUGUCUCAUCAACGUGAGUGGUGAUGCUGUCAUAUGUGUAAGAGAAACAGACCAGGAGCCCACUCUCCCAGCAAAUACUGGACAGAGCUGCACAAGCGCAGCAGAGGGCACUACAUGACAGUGAAACAAAAAUCUGCACAAAUACGCUCCCUGGGUCAAGCCGUCCAAAUAAGAGUAAUUCAUGUCUGCCUUAAAACUAUGUAAACGAUCCAAAGGUUUAGACACAGCUAAAAAGGAACUCAAAAAGUACUCCUACACAUCCAAAAACGUGCAGUCUGGACUGAUAUUGAAGUAGAGGAUGUUCCUCUUGAUAUUUCUAAGGGUGUGAUGUAGCAAUUUGGGAAUGUGGUAAUCUGAAGUGUUUAAAAUCUUAUAGGGUAACACCUACAGCCAAAGCUUCCCUGUUAUGUAUUAACAACCUUCCAUUGUGGCCAUUCAGUCAUUUGUCAAGACAAGUGAUGCUUGAGGCAGCUAUGACUAAUUUGUCCGUCCACAGUUCACAGUUUUAGGAGUCAUUAAAUAGACCUGCCAAAAGUUAUGCACUUCAAAUUAUCCAUGUGCAGUCAAAUUCGUAGCCAGCGUCCAUAACCUGCAGAAAAAAGAUCUCUCCGUUCACUCUGGACUAGCCACAUAAGAACUGCAAUAAGCAAUGUUCCCUGAUGACACAAUUUAAUUCUGAUACAAUAACAUGUAGUGAAUGGGUAGUCGCCUUUAAAGGUACAUUAUGUAGAAAUAGGAAUAUAGACAAGAUUGAAACACCUCCCUGCUCACCUGUCCCUGCAUUUACACUAGUUCUAGGGCAUGAGCUUCCGCCCUGGAACAUGUGUAUCAUCAGCAACAUAACAGGAAACAACAACAUCAACAACUUAGUUCCUGUGGCCACUUACAGCAGUGGUGGCCGCUGAUCUUACAUUUAUCAAGUUAUACCAUGAAAAACUUUCAUCAGUACAAAUUCCUUUGCGCACAACAAGUACCACUCUCCUGUUUUUGGUCUUCCAACUAAGGCGUGUAGGGCAGCUGCUCCCUAAAUACAAAAAUGUGUAUGCUACUGGUUUGUCUGGUCUUUGCAAUGGUAGCAAUAUGGUGGCCUCUGGGUAAAGGGACCCUUCCUAUGUAGAUAUAAAAGUUGUAUUCUCAAUAAACGAAAACAAAAUAAUUUUUGUAUUGGGUGAAUUAUAAACUGAGACACACAUAUUGUUAUCCAUGUCUCACGAAUGUUCAGCUAAAUGACACCACUAUGCACUGUACCUUUAAGCGCUACGUCUGAAGUUUUUUUUAUUCCAUUGAUGGUUUGACGUCUUCGUUACGGCUCUAUUGCUCACAUAUAAAAUAUCCUAAUGAUAAUGAAAUUUAUGAAGUAUUAAAUAAUUAUGUCUCAGAUUGAGUGAUUUCAGUAAAUUGCAGGACAGGAAAACAAGUGCAAACACAUAUUUUUAUAAGCCAAGAAUUUUUAUGAAGAACAACUAUAGCUGACUCGGCAAAAAUUAACAAGAUGAAACAGCUGGAAUUGUGUUUCUUUUUCUAGAAAAUUGUAUAAAAAAGUGUGCAAGGGGUGGUGGUAUGAUGUUGGAUAUACAUAUAUAAAUACCAUUCAUAAAUAAUAUAUAGAGUACAGUCUUUUAAGUAUGCUCUGGUCGAUUUAAUACUUAAUCUAUGUGUAUAGAGGGAAAUCUUUGUCUCUUUAAAGUUAUGUUUCAAGUAAUGAUCAUACUACUGAUAAGUCCAACAUUCUUGUUAGAUACUGAAAAGAGCAUCAGCUGUAGAUGCCACCUGACAAACCGUGUAAAUGUUCGCUUAAAUCAGAUUUUAGUAUUUUUGUAACCUAAAACGUAUGAAACCUACUGCUUAUUUGCCUGUGCAAUGAAUUCCUGAUGUUUUGACUGGCUGUGUCAAAGAAUUAGUGGUACUCUUCUUGUGAUCCAUUUCUGUAAUUUGUGUCUAAAACUUGAAUGUACAUAUUUGACACUCUUGCUUUCUGACUUGCAGCAUGCAGACCUACUUUUUAUUGCCAUGAAUCUGUUUGCUUGCUUGCCGGGUGACUCUUGCACAAUAAAUUCAGAUGAGCAAAGAUGCCAAUGUUUGAUUAUCAA